UUUACCUUCGAAAAGUGGUGGCGGCUGCAGUCUGGGCCCAGGCCCUGUGCCCCUGAAGACAUGGAGUUUGUGUCUGGAUACCGAGAUGAGUUCCUCGAUUUCGCUGCCCUCCUCUUUGGCUGGUUCCGAAAGUUUGUGGCAGAGCGCGGAGCUGUAGGGGCCAGCCUUGAGGGCCACCGGCGGCAGCUGGAGGCCCAGAUCAGAAGGCUGCCCCAGGACCCUGCCCUUUGGGUACUACAUGUCUUGCCCAACCGUAAUGUGGGCAUCAGCCUGGGGCGAGGGGCAGAGCCAGGCCCUGGACCAGGCCUGGGAGCUGCCCGGCUCCUGGGAGAUGAGCCUCCACUCCACCUGCGAGACCUGAGCCCCUACAUCAGCUUCAUCAGCCUAGAGGAUGGGGAGGAAGGGGAGGAGGAGGUGGAAGAUGAAGAAGAAGAGAAUGGAGAGAAGAAGGGUGCAGGCACAGAGAAGGCAGAACCAGAGGAGGGUGGGGAGCCAGCCCCUACCAGCAAGGAGUCCCCCCAGGAAGCAAACCCUCCAGGGGAGGCAGAGGAGGCUGAGCAGGAGACAGGCGGUGGUGAGGACGGCUGCCGAGAGGACAGGGUGGAGGAUGAAAUGGGACCUGAGAAGAGGAAGGGACAGAGAAGUGAGGCUGCACCCGUGCACCUUUCCUGCCUCUUACUGGUGACGGAUGAGCACGGCACCGUCUUGGGCAUUGAUCUGCUAAUGGAUGGAGCUCAAGCGACUGUCUCCCGGGGCUCAGGGACUGAGAACUUGGCUUCUCGGGCCUAUGCUCUCCUCUGCCACAGCAUGGCCUGCCCCAUGGGCUCUGGGGACCCCCGAAAGCCCCGACAGCUUACUGUGGGAGACGCUCAGCUGCAUCGAGAGCUGGAGAGCCGAGUCCCAAGGCUGGGCGUGAAGUUAGCCAAGACCCCAAUGCGGACAUGGGGUCCCCGGCCAGGCUUCACCUUUGCUUCCCUUCGGGCUCGAACAUGCCAUGUUUGUCACAGGCACAGCUUUGAAGUGAAACUGACACCCUGCCCCCAGUGUAGUGCUGUCUUGUACUGUGGAGAGGCUUGUCUCCGGGCUGACUGGCGGCGGUGCCCAGAUGAUGUGAGCCACCGAUUUUGGUGCCCAAGGCUUGCAGCCUUCAUGGAGCGAGCAGGGGAACUAGCAUCCUUGCCUUUUACCUACACUGCAGAGGUGACCAGUGAAACCUUUAACAAGGAGGCCUUCCUGGCCUCUCGGGGCCUCACUCGCGGCUACUGGACCCAGCUCAGCAUGCUGAUUCCAGGCCCCAGCACCCCCAGGCAUCCCCGGGGCAACAUGCCAUCCCUCAGCCUUCUUCUCAGUGGAGACCCCUACCAGCUUCUCCAGGGGGACGGGUCUGCCCUGAUGCCUCCUGUGCCCCCAGAUCCACCCAGAGGCAUCUUUGGGUCGUGGCAGGACUACUACACAUGGCGGGGCCUCAGCUUGGACUCUCCGAUGGCUGUGCUUCUCACCUACCCGCUGACGGUGUACUACGUCAUCACCCACCUAGUGCCCCAGUCCUUCCCUGAGCUGAACAUCCAGAACAAACAGUCACUGAAAAUACACGUGGUAGAGGCUGGGAAGGAAUUUGACCUUGUCAUGGUGUUUUGGGAGCUCUUGGUCCUGCUCCCCCACGUGGCCCUGGAGCUGCAGUUUGUGGGUGAUGGCCUGCCCCCCGAGAGCGACCAGCAGCAUUUUACCCUGCAGAGGGAUGGCCCUGAGGUGUCUGUCCGUCCUGGUUCCGGGGUAUCAGCAAGGCUCAACUCUGGGACUAAGGAGAAGGGGGGCCGCAAGGACCUGCAGAUCAAGGUGUCAGCAAGGCCCUACCACCUGCUCCAGGGGCCCAAGCCUGACCUGGUUAUUGCUUCUCCCUGUUCUCUGUCCCCAGGAUUUAAUUCUGGCUUUGGUCUCAAGGACACUUGGCUGAGCUCUCUGCCCCGGUUACAGUCCCUCCGGGUGCCUGCCUUCUUCACCGAGAGCAGCGAGUACGGCUGUGUCAUGGACGACCAGACCAUGGCGGUGGCCACCGGCGGGGGCACCAGCCCUCCCCAGCCCAACCCCUUCCGCUCCCCGUUUCGCCUCAGAGCGGCCGACAACUGCAUGCCCUGGUACUGCAACGCCUUCAUCUUCCACCUGGUCUACAAGCCUCCGCAGGGGAGCGGGGCCCGCCAGGCACCCGGCCCGGCGCCCCCGGCCCCGACUCCUGCUGCUCCCCCCGCGCCCACCCGAAGGCGCCGAGGGGAAAAGAAACCCGCGCGGGGGGCCCGCCGGCGCAGAUGAGCGCUGCGAAUGCGUCAGUCCACCCCCUCCCCAAACGCCUUCGAAAGGAAACCAUGAAAACACACAAGGCCCAGGGGGAGGACUGGUUGGCGGAACAUGAAAAGGUAAAUAAAAUUACUUGUUUGACACCA